GAGAGCGGAUAUAGUGAAUGCGGAGUCCGGGGAGAGCGGAUAUAGUGAAUGCAGGGUCCGGGGAGACCAGAUAUAGUGAAUGCAGGGUCCGGGGAGAGCGGAUAUAGUGAAUGCAGGGUCCAGGGAGAGCGGAUAUAGUGAAUGCGGAGUCCGGGGAGAGCUGAUAUAGUGAAUGCAGGGUCCGGGAGAGCGGAUAUAGUGAAUGUAGGGUCCAGGGAGAGCGGAUAUAGUGAAUGCAGGGGUCCGGGGAGACCGGAUAUAGUGAAUGCGGGGUCCGGGGAGAGCGGAUGUAGUGAAUGUGGGGUCUGGGGAGACCGGAUAUAGUGAAUGCGGGGUCCGGGGUGACCGGAUAUAGUGAAUGCGGGGUCCGGGGAGAGCGGAUAUAGUGAAUGUGGGGUCCGGGGAGACCAGAUAUAGUGAAUGUGGGGUCCGGGGUGACCGGA